AUGGAGCUGAACAGACUGCUCCUCCUCACAUCCUUCCUCCUGCACGUGAAAGAGGACCGUGCCAGCCCAACACGGCUGGUCUGUGACAGCAGACUUAUCCAGAAGUACAUCAUGGAGGCCAAGGACAUGGAAAAGAGAGUGGGCCAGUGCCAGGCCCUGCCUGCACUCAGGUGCCCUGCAGUGCUGCCCUUGGUGGACUUCACUUUCCAGCAGUGGAAAUCCAAAUCGAACGAGACCAAGCGGCGGGAGAUCCUGUGUGACCUGGCCCUGCUGCUGGGUGCUGCAGCAGGGGCCCAGGGCCAGGUGAGCGACGAGUGCGGGGCCAGGCAGCUGAGCCAGCUUUACCGACAUGCCAACUCCUUCUUCCUGCUCCUGCAGACCUUCAGCUGGGAGGCAGGACACUGGGAGCCGAGCUGCUCCCCACACUCCAUGGAGCAGACCCACAUCUCCAGCAUUUUCCUCACCUACCGGCAGCUGGUACAGGGCAAGCUGCGCUUCUUCUUCUACGACCUGGCCACGGUCUCAUGCAAGCAAGGACAGGGGGACAGCAGAGACCCUCCAUGUGGGGCCCAAUGA